CCUGAAGCUGCUAAAUGUCCAGCCAACAGCCACUAUGAGCUGUGUGGUAAUGCCUGCCCUGCCACAUGUACUGACCCUGAUGCCCCCUCCAAAUGCAAACACCCCUGUGUGGAGACUUGUACCUGUAACAAAGGCUAUGUUUUGAGUGGGGAUCGGUGUGUGCCUGCUGCUCAUUGUGGUUGUACCUAUGAAGGGCGCUAUGUCCCUCCCGGGGAGAUAUUUUGGCCUGACAAGGACUGUCGGAAACAGUGCAAGUGUGUUGCUCAACGCAGACAUGUGGAAUGCCAGGAUAAAGGCUGUGGAGCAGGGGAGACAUGUCAAGUGAUUGAUGGAAUAAGAAAGUGUCAACAUGUCUCGCAGAGUACCUGCCAAGCCACAGGUGACCCUCAUUACAAGACUUUUGACAAUAAGAAGUUUGAUUUUCAGGGGACAUGUGUAUACCAGUUGGUUGCAGUUUGCUCCAAGGUUGAGAGUUUGGUACCAUUUGAGGUCCUGGUGCAAAAUGACCACCGGGGCAGCAAGGUGGUUUCCUUCACUAAGUUAGUGGAGAUCAAGGUCUACUCCCUCAGCAUUGUCAUCAGUAAGACCCACAAGGGCCGAAUUAUGGUCAAUGGUGAACUGGUCAACUUACCCAUCACCCUAAGUGAAGGACAGGUGUCUGUGUUCAAGAGUGGCUGUUAUGCAGUGGUCACCACAACCUUUGGUCUUAAAGUCUCCUUUAACUGGAUAAGUGCUGUAUUUGUAACACUUCCAAGUACCUAUAGGGAUGCUGUUUGUGGCCUCUGUGGCAACUACAAUGGAAAACCCCAGGAUGACCUGAUUCCAAAGAAUGGCAACAAAGUUGUCCCUGCAAAAGAAUUUGGAGCCAGUUGGAAAGUGGCUGAAAUCCCAGGUUGUGUUGAAGGCUGUAAAGGGGAGUGCCCAGACUGUGACAUAACUGAGAAGGUGAAGUAUGAAAAAGAGGACUUCUGUGGUAUCUUGAAGGACCCCAAAGGACCAUUCCGUGACUGCCAUGCUAAGGUGAACCCAGAUGAUUUCUUUGAAGACUGCAUAUAUGAUGUAUGCCUCUAUAAGGGCAGGAAAGAUGUACUAUGUCAAGCCAUCACAUCAUACACCUCUGCCUGCCAAGAUGUAGAUGCCAAAGUAUAUAGUUGGAGAACCAAAGAAUUCUGUGCAAUGAAAUGUCCAGUCCACACCCACUAUGAGUUGUGUGGCCCUGCCUGUCCUGCCACCUGCAAGAGCCUGGUGCCUCCGCAAGGCUGCCAGGCCCACUGUGAAGAGGGCUGUUCCUGUGAUGAGGGGUACAUCCUCAGUGGUGAUCAGUGUGUUCCUUUCUCAGACUGCGGCUGUGAAUAUGAUGACCAGUACUACAGCAUUGGUCAGGUGUUCUAUCCCAAUGGGAAGUGUCAGGAGGAGUGCAAGUGCAAAAAUGAUGGCGAGGUGGAGUGUGAGAAGUUCUCAUGUGGCCCCAAUGAGAAGUGUAUGAUUGAAAACGGUGUUCAGAAAUGCCACCCUGUUGUGCAGAAUGUACAGUGGGAUCAAAUGGUGAACAACAAAGUGGUGUCUGUCACUAAACUGGUUGCUGUUGAUGUUUACGGCUUCACCCUUAUCUUGAGGAACAACAUGUUUGGAGUCCUGGUCAAUGGCAUCUUUAACUAUCUUCCCAUAAACAUUAAUGACGGAGUGGUGCAGAUCUAUCAAGAGGGCACUCAUUAUGUCAUUCAGACUGAUUUUGGCCUACGUGUCACCUACGACCUGAUCUACCACGUUUCAGUAACAGUCCCUGGAAACUACCGGAAUAAGGUCUGUGGCUUGUGUGGCAACUUCAAUGAAAACAACAAAGAUGACUUCCAGAUGCCCAAUGGACAGCUCACCAAAAACGUCAACAUGUUUGGAAAGUCAUGGAUGGUCACCAUCCCCAAUGUGGUGUGCCAAAAUGGCUGUGAAGGAAGCACGUGUCCUGUAUGUGAUCCAGCUCGGAAGGAUGUGUUUUCUAAGCCCACUUACUGUGGAAUUAUAACAGCACUGAAAGGUCCUUUUGCACCAUGCCAUAGUAAACUUAACCCACAGCCCUACUUUGAUGACUGCGUGUUUGAUUUGUGUGCUUCUAACGGUGAGGAGAAGGUUCUGUGUGAUAGUGUGGCAGCGUAUGCCUUCAACUGUCACAUGGCAGGAGUGGACAUUAAAAACUGGAGGACACCAUCAUUCUGUCCAAUGAAAUGCCCAGCAAACAGUCACUAUGAGGUGUGUGCAGAUCCCUGCUCCACAUCUUGCGCAGGCCUCACAGAGAUCGUCCAGUGUUCCACCAGCUGCACAGAGGGCUGUGAAUGUGAUGCUGGCUUCCUGUUUGAUGGGCAGACAUGCGUUAAGGAAACUGAGUGUGGCUGCUAUGAUAAUGGAAAAACAUACAAGCCUGGCGAGGUUGUGUAUGAGGAUGAUUGCAAAACAAAGUGCACCUGUAACCCGGUGACAGGCCUCGUCUGUGAAAAACAUUCCUGCCCCCAAAACACCAAAUGCAUGGUCAAGAAAGGAGUCAGAGCAUGCUACAACACAGAUCCUUGUAAGGAUGCAAAGUGUCGUGUCAAGGAAACGUGCCAUGUUGAGAAGGGUGAGGCUGUGUGUGUUCCUGAGUACACUGGUACCUGCUGGGCCUGGGGUGACCCCCACUACCACACAUUUGAUGGCUAUAACUACAACUUCCAGGGCACAUGCAAGUAUGUUAUUUCCCGGACCUGUGGGAAUCUACAUGGCCUUGUUCCUUUCUUGAUAACAGAAAGGAAUGAUAACCGCGGGAGCGCAACAGUUUCCUUUGUGAGGGAGGUAGAAGUGGCUGUAUAUGACUUUACCAUCACCAUACAAAAGAACCAAGUUGGCCGAGUCACGGUGAAUGGGGUGGUGUUGAAUCUACCUGUGUGUCUUGGGGAGGGUGAGGUGACCGUGCUUCAGCGUGGUUACACUGCAAUGGUGGAAACUGUUUUUGGCAUGAUUGUCACCUAUGAUUGGAAUUGGAAAGUACUCAUCAAACUGCCUAGCAGUUACUACGGCGUUGUCUGUGGUCUGUGUGGCAAUUUUAAUGGUAACACAGGUGAUGAACUCCAGAAUCCAGCUGGAAAGCCCGUCUCCUCUGUGAUAGAGUGGGGCAAAAGCUGGCAAACAGCUGACCAGGACAAGACCUCUCCUUGCUGGGACACAUGUGAGAAGAACUGCCCUACCUGUGAUGGUAACCAGCGUAAGCUCUAUGAGACAGAAGCCUUUUGUGGAGCCCUCACAGCCAAAACCAACAACGUGUUCAAGAGCUGUCAUUCAAAACUGGACCCUCAGGAGUUUAUGAAUAGCUGUGUGUAUGAUAUGUGUUACCAUAAGGGAGAUAAGAAGAUGCUGUGCCAGGCGUUAGCACAUUACAGUGAGCAGUGUCGUGAGGAAGGAAUAAUAAUCAACGGUUGGAGGAAGAGGUUUGGCUGCCCGAUGAACUGUGAUCGUAACAGUCACUAUGAAGAAUGUGCCACCCCAUGCCAGUCAUCCUGCCCAUUCCCCGAAGAAAAGAAGAAAUGCAGCGGUUCUUGUGUGGAGAUGUGUGUUUGUGAUCAGGGUUAUGUCCUCAGCGCUGGUGUCUGCGUUCCUGCUAAAACAUGUGGCUGCUUCCAUCAGGGCCAUUACUACAAGCCAGGCGAGAAAUUCUGGGCUGAUGAAGCUUGUGGUCGUCUGUGUGAAUGUGACACAAAAGUGGGCAUGGUGGUGUGCCGCGAAGCUUCAUGCUCCACCAAAGAAAAAUGCACGGUAGUGGACGGAGAACGCGCCUGCAGACCCGUCAGCCAUGCCACGUGUGUAGCCUCAGGAGAUCCACACUACAGGACUUUUGAUGGGUAUAAGUUUGACUUCCAGGGUACAUGCGUAUAUCAGUUGGUGGCAUUGUGCUCUCAGCAUGCAGAACUCGAUCCCUUCAAGAUAACUGUGCAGAACGACCAUCGGGGAAGCAAAGCCGUGUCCUACACAAAGAGUGUGACAUUGAACAUGUACGGAUUCAUUCUCACUAUCAGCAGAGAAUACAUCUAUAAGGUUGUGCUCAACGGGCAAAUGGCUUCAUUGCCAUUAGUUUUCAAAGGUGACCUGUAUGUUUACCGCAGUGGCUCCACAGCUGUAGUGGAGACAAGUGCUGGCAUCACUGUGACCUUUGACUGGCGUAGCACGGUCACCGUUACUCUGCCCAGCAACUACCAGAACGCCGUCUGUGGCUUAUGUGGCAACUACAAUGGAAAUGCCCAAGAUGACCUGACCAUGCAGAAUGGCCAGGCCACCAAUGAUGCCACCAAGCUUGGUGAGAGUUGGCAGGUAGCCCUUGUUGCAGGCUGCACAUCAGUCUGCCAGGGACCAUGGUGCCAUGCUUGUUCCGACUCUCAGAGUAAAGCUUACAGUGCCCAGAAGUACUGUGGAAUUAUUGCAGACAAGAAGGGUCCUUUCAGAGAAUGUCAUAGCCAUGUGAACCCUGGUCCUUAUCUAGAGGACUGCGUGUAUGAUGUCUGUCAGUAUCAUGGCCACCACAGUAUAGUUUGUGAAGCUGUCACAAUCUAUGCUGCUGCCUGUCAGAACAUUGGAAUCACAGUCUACUCCUGGAGAACUGAUACCUUCUGUCCAAUGAACUGUCCAACUAAUAGCCACUAUACUGUGUGUUCCACGAGUUGUCCAGUCAGCUGUGCCAACCUACCCUUCAAGAGGACAUGCAAAAAGCACUGCACAGAAGGCUGUGAGUGUGACAGUGGCUACCUGAUAAGUGGGGACUCCUGCGUGCCCGUGGCCGACUGUGGCUGCUCUUAUGAUGGUCAAUACUACAGGAUGGGAGAGAUCUUCUACCCAGAUGCUGAGUGUGUUGAGAAAUGUGUCUGUGGGGAAAAUGGUGCUGUGACUUGCCAGAAGAUCAAGUGUCAUCCAGGAGAGAUCUGUAAGGUCGUAAAGGGUAUAAAAGGCUGCCACCCUGAGGGGCAAGGCAAGUGUGUGGCUUCUGGUGACCCACAUUACAUUUCCUUUGAUGGGCGGAGGUUUGAUUUCCAGGGUACCUGUGUGUACGUAUUGGCAAAGGUUUGUGAUGAUGACAAAGGCCGGCUUACAGCAUUUACUGUUACCCAAGGGAAUGAGAAGUAUGGGAAUGGAAAAGUGGCUGUUACCAAGUCAAUUGCAGUGACAGUCUAUGGUUAUGUCAUAUACAUCCAGCAGAAGGUGCCAUGGAAAGUCAUAGUGGAUGGUGAAUUUCUGAACCUACCGCUGCACCUAGAUGAUGGGCGCAUCAAAGUCACACAGGAAGGUCGCAACAUCAUUGUCCAAACAGAUUUUGGACUAAAAGUCCUUUAUGAUACUGUCUACUAUGUGGAGGUGAUUGUGCCGUCAACAUACCAGGGCCAGAUGUGUGGUAUUUGUGGCAACUACAACAAGAACACUGAUGAUGAUUUCAGACUUCCCAAUGGCAAAGUAACGAAAAACGUUGAUGAAUUUGGUAAGGCCUGGGUGGUGGAUCUACCUGGGUAUGUAUGUGGAGGUUGUGGAGGGCAGUGCCCUGUGUGCGAGCAAGCCAAAGCCACCAUGUUCAGAAAACCAGACUCCUGUGGCAUCAUUAAUGCACCCAAUGGACCUUUCAAUGCCUGCCACAGUAAGGUCGACCCAUCGGCAUAUGAGUCACAUUGUGUGUUUGAUGUUUGCGCUGUUGGUGGGAACAAAGAUACCCUGUGUGACAGCAUCCAGGCUUAUGCCUUAGCCUGCCAGGAAGCAGGGGUUGCAAUCCAGCAAUGGAGAAGCAGCUCCUUUUGUCCUGCUUCCUGCCCCCCACACAGCCACUAUGAGCUCUGCGCUGACACCUGUGGUAUGACGUGUGCCAACUUCAUUUACCCAUUUGCCUGUUCUGACAGCUGUUUUGAGGGGUGCCAGUGUGACGAUGGGUUUGUGUUUGAUGGCAUCCAGUGCAUUUCCAUGGAGAACUGUGGAUGUGUGCACAAUGGCCGAUAUCUAAUGGUGGGCCAAACCAUAGUGGACAAAGAAUGUAAGUCCAAGUGUGUGUGCCAAGCCUCUGGGCAGAUGAAGUGUGAAAAGUUAUCCUGUGCUGCUGAGGAGGCAUGUAGUGUACAAGACGGAGUCCGAGGUUGCCACGCCAAGCAGGGUUACUGCACGGUCAGCCCUGGUGGCCACAUGACCUCCUUUGAUGGCAUGUCUGGAGGAGUAGGAGGUCCAGGAGCAUUUGAAUUGGCAUCUCUCUGUGGUGAGGACGCGGCGCUGUGGUUCCGUGUGGUCGUGGAUGUCAGAGUUUGCAGUCUUGGUGCUUCGCCAAGUGUCGCUACUGUGUAUGUGUACUUCAAGGACACCUCCAUUGCAGUAAACAGAGAACAUCUGGUCUGGGUUAACGGCAAGAAAGUGUCUCUACCCAGCAAACUCACAAAUGAGCUCUCAGUCCAAAUCAGAGACAGGGCUGUGAUUAUCGAGAGGGCGUCGGCUCUGAGGGUCACCUACUCGGUAUCACAAGAGGUCACCGUCAUCGUUCACAACAGUCUGUCUGGUAAAACGUGUGGCGCCUGUGGAAACUACAACAACAAUGCCAACGAUGACAUGAGAACUGCAGACGGGAAAUCCACGACUGAUGUGGCUGUGGUGACUGACUCUUGGAACGCUGAGGAAAUCUCCAGAUGUGGCCUGUAGUGUUGUUGGUUCUGUGGUGACACUUUGGUGUUCAGGAUGAAGAAGACCCUGUGAAGUCAUUUGGAUGAAAUUGUGUCUUAUUCCUACUUUUCUACUUCCUAUUGAUUCUUCAUGUUAAAGAUUGUCGACUGAAGGUCUGUUCUGUUCAUUUUUGUGCCGUACAAAUUAUGGCUCAUUUUCGAGCAACACCUCCAUCUGGUGGAGCAACAACCAACACCACCAGAGUCCCACAGGCCUGAAACUGACAGGGAAAGUCUAAUAAUAAUAUAACAACUGGUGUCAUAUUUCUCAUAUUUCACUUUCCAUGUUCUAAAAGUGGAUGCAUUUUGCAAAAAAUGCUUUCUUCUCAUUGUUCUGGCAAUAAAUAUUUUACUAGCACAGUGUAUGCAGAAUUUUUUUCUGUGUGUGAAAGACAAUGAACAGUUUUCCCAGAAGCCUCUGAGCAGUUUAGACUGCAGUACAACCACAUGGUGUUCAUAUGAUUAAUGUUCAUGGGGCCCUGUUGCCUCCACCACAGCUGCUGAAACCUGCAGCACUUCACUCAUGGUCACGACUGUGACUGCAGAACUUCCUCAAGAAAUCCUGUGCAAACCCAAGAGUUGCAUUUAAAAUCAAAUAAUGUAUU